UGAUUGAUGUGACCGAUGAGUUUGGGGUGCCUUCCUAUCUCUUCUUCCCUCCCAGUGCUGCUUUUCUUGGCUUCCUGUUGCAUCUGGCAGUUCCUCCAUGAUUAUGAGGGCUUGGAUAUUAAUGAGUUCAAGGACUCGGAUGCUGAGUUGGAGGUUCCAAGUUUUGCUAACUCAGUUCCGGGUAAGGCCUUUCCUUCUUUGAUGAUUGACAAGGAAAGUGGAGGGGCCGAGAUGCUUCUUCAUCACACGAGGAGAUUCAGACACGUCAAGGGUAUUCUGGUAAAUACAUUUAUUGAGCUUGAAUCACAUGCUAUUCAAUCACUUUCUGGCAGUACAGUACCCGUAGUGUAUCCGGUUGGACCCAUACUCAACACCCGAAGGGGAUCUGAUGGGGGUCAACAAGAUGCUAGUGCCAUCAUGAGCUGGCUUGAUGAUCAGCCUCCAUCAUCCGUGGUUUUCCUGUGCUUCGGGAGCAUGGGAAGCUUUGGUGCGGAUCAAAUCAAGGAGAUAUCACAUGCGUUAGAGCACAGUCGGCAUCGCUUCUUGUGGUCCCUUCGCCAACCUCCCCCAAAGGGUAAAGUGAUUACAAGCGACUAUGAAAAUAUUGAGCAAGUUCUACCAGAAGGAUUUUUACAUCGGACGGCUAGAAUUGGAAAGGUGAUUGGAUGGGCUCCACAAAUAGCGGUUUUAGCCCACUCAGCUGUUGAAGGAUUUGUAUCUCAUUGUGGAUGGAAUUCUUUACUAGAAAGCAUAUGGUAUCGUGUUCCAGUAGCCACAUGGCCAAUAUAUGCAGAAUAACAAAUCAACGC